CAGUCAGUUUUUCACAAGCAAGAGUGGAAAAAAUAGCCAAUGCGCGAGGAGACUAUUUUACGUUAGUUUUGAGUUUGCUACCAACGCGAGCGGUUCGAGCGAUAUAUAAGUAGCACGUGUUGCUGGCAUUUUUCGGUUGUUUGUAUCGAUCGCUAUUGAUAAUCGACGGCUAACGUUUUUCGUUCAAAUUAUUGAAGAAACAAGCAAGGAUAAUGAUGGAAAACGGUGACUAUGCCGGGCAGUACGACGAAGAAAACUACAUGGAACAAGAAGAAGAGUGGGAACGUGAAGGUCUGCUAGAUCCUGCAUGGGAAAAACAACAGAAAAAGACCUUCACUGCUUGGUGCAACAGCCAUCUGCGAAAGGCCGGUACAUCAAUCGAAAACAUUGAAGAUGAUUUUCGCAACGGACUCAAACUCAUGUUGCUGCUGGAGGUUAUUUCCGGCGAAACCCUACCAAAGCCAGACCGCGGCAAAAUGCGUUUCCACAAGAUUGCCAACGUCAAUAAAGCACUGGAUUUCAUCGCAUCCAAGGGUGUCAAACUGGUAUCCAUUGGAGCAGAGGAAAUUGUUGAUGGCAAUCUGAAAAUGACUCUUGGUAUGAUCUGGACCAUCAUCCUUCGGUUCGCCAUCCAGGAUAUUUCAGUUGAGGAAAUGACUGCCAAGGAAGGUUUGCUGCUUUGGUGUCAGCGUAAAACUGCCCCCUACAAGAACGUUAACGUUCAGAACUUCCAUCUCAGUUUCAAGGAUGGUCUAGCAUUCUGUGCUCUGAUCCAUCGCCACAGACCAGAUUUGAUAGAUUAUUCCAAGCUUUCGAAAGACAAUCCACUUGAGAAUCUGAAUACCGCGUUUGACGUUGCCGAAAAGUUCCUGGAUAUUCCACGAAUGUUGGACCCAGACGAUUUGAUCAACACACCAAAGCCAGAUGAACGUGCCAUUAUGACUUAUGUGUCGUGUUAUUACCAUGCUUUCCAAGGAGCUCAGCAGGUUGGAUAUAAUCUGCAGAAUACCGCAAUGCCAGAUGAACGGGCUGUCAUGACCUAUGUGUCAUCCUAUUAUCAUUGCUUCAGCGGCGCACAAAAGGCGGAAACAGCUGCCAACCGUAUUUGCAAAGUUUUGAAAGUCAACCAGGAAAACGAACGACUUAUGGAAGAAUACGAACGGUUGGCUAGUGACUUGUUGGAAUGGAUUCGACGCACUAUGCCAUGGUUGAAUUCUAGACAAACCGAUAGUACCCUAGCCGGUGUGCAGAAAAAGCUUGAAGAAUAUAGAACUUACAGACGCAAGCAUAAGCCACCACGGGUUGAGCAAAAAGCUAAACUGGAGACCAACUUCAACACACUGCAAACGAAGCUGCGUCUAUCGAAUCGUCCAGCUUACAUGCCAACCGAGGGAAAAAUGGUUUCCGACAUCACUAACUCCUGGAAAGGUUUGGAACACGCAGAGAAGGCUUUCGAAGAGUGGCUCUUGGCAGAAACUAUGCGCCUCGAGCGGCUGGAGCACUUGGCCCAGAAAUUCAAGCAUAAAGCCGAUACGCACGAAGAUUGGACAAAGGGCAAGGAAGAAAUGCUGCAGUCUCAAGACUAUCGUAACUGUAAGUUAAACGAACUUAAAGCUCUCAAGAAGAAGCACGAAGCUUUUGAAUCCGAUCUGGCCGCCCAUCAAGAUCGUGUUGAACAAAUUGCGGCUAUUGCUCAAGAGUUGAACACACUGGAAUAUCAUGAUUGCGUUUCAGUGAAUGCACGGUGCCAACGUAUUUGCGACCAAUGGGACCGUUUGGGAGCCCUUACGCAGCACCGUCGCCAGGGCUUGGACGAAGCUGAACGAAUCCUGGAAAAGAUUGACUUGUUGCACUUGGAAUUCGCUAAGCGUGCUGCUCCCUUCAACAAUUGGCUCGAUGGAGCUCGCGAAGAUCUUGUCGACAUGUUCAUCGUACAUACAAUGGAAGAAAUCCAAGGAUUGAUUCAGGCUCAUGAUCAAUUCAAAGCAACUCUUGGAGAGGCAGACAAGGAGUUCAACGUAAUUGUUGGAUUAGUCCGCGAUGCCGAAGCAAUUGUCAAGCAAGAGCAAGUCCCCGGAGGUCUUGUGAAUCCCUACACUACACUUACUGCUGAUGCUAUCAGCCGAAAGUGGUCGGAAGUACGCGCUCUUGUUCCACAGCGUGACCAAACUUUGGCCAACGAGUUGCGUAAACAGCAGAACAACGAAAUGCUUCGUCGACAGUUUGCCGAAAAGGCAAACGCAGUUGGACCAUGGAUCGAACGUCAAAUGGAUGCUGUAACCGCAAUUGGAAUGGGCAUCUCUGGUUCACUUGAAGAACAACUACACCGUUUGAAAGAGUACGAACAAGCAGUGUAUGCUUACAAACCCAGCAUUGAAGAACUGGAAAAGAUCCACCAAGCUGUGCAGGAAUCGAUGGUCUUCGAGAACCGAUACACACACUAUACUAUGGAAACUCUUCGCGUUGGUUGGGAACAACUGUUAACAUCUAUCAACAGAAACAUAAAUGAAGUUGAGAACCAAAUUCUUACCCGUGAUACCAAGGGUAUCACGCAGGAACAGUUGACGGAAUUCCGUUCCAGCUUCAACCACUUCGAUAAGAAUCGCACGGGUCGUUUGGCACCAGAAGAAUUCAAAUCAUGUCUAGUUUCCCUCGGAUAUUCUAUUGGAAAGGACAAACAAGGUGACAUGGACUUCCAACGUAUCUUAGCCGUAGUCGAUCCGAACAACUCAGGAUAUGUUCAGUUUGACGCGUUCCUAGACUUUAUGACGAGAGAAAGCACCGAUACCGACACUGCCGAACAAGUGAUUGAUUCCUUCAGAAUCUUGGCAUCUGAUAAGCCUUAUAUACUACCGGAUGAACUACGCCGUGAGUUGCCACCAGAUCAGGCAGAGUAUUGUAUUCAAAGGAUGCCGCCUUUCAAGGGACCUAACGUUGUCCCUGGAGCUCUUGAUUACAUGUCAUUCAGUACAGCGUUGUAUGGAGAAAGCGAUUUGUAAUUGCCAACGCAAUUCACUGGAGAUUGUCACUUAAUAGUCAGCAAAACACAACAGAAACAACUCCGGUUAUAUGUUACAUGCCAUAUAUUGUGUUUUGAAAAAUGACCUAACAACAACUUUUACGUCGUUUAUUUAUAAUCAGCUCUUACAAACCGGUCAUUUGUUGUCUGGUGUCGCGUUUGUUGAAUUAGAAAUCCAUCCAAUGAACGUAUGAAUCAGAAUGCCAUAAAUCGAUAAAUUAUAAGAUCGUAAGGAAGAAGAGGACAAUGCUACGAUGUGUGUGAGUCGAAUUGCAAUUUGGAAAAUGUAAUCUUACAAAUCAUCUAUUUAUUUUUAUUAGCUAUCCACUAAAAUUAUUUUUUAAUAAAAAUGUGUUUUCGAAUCGACAAAACAUGCGAUUUACACAA